AUAGGAGCGGCGCCGGGGCGGGAGCGCAGAGCGGUUUGAAAAUUCGGGCCCGGAGGACACGAGGCGGUGAUGGCUGGCGGUAAAGCGGGUAAAGACUCCGGCAAGGCGAAGACCAAAGCGGUUUCCCGCUCACAGCGAGCAGGCCUCCAGUUCCCAGUCGGCCGCAUCCACCGACAUCUGAAGUCCAGGACCACCAGCCACGGGCGGGUGGGCGCCACGGCAGCGGUUUAUAGCGCGGCCAUUCUGGAGUAUCUGACGGCCGAGGUACUAGAGCUUGCAGGAAAUGCAUCCAAAGACUUGAAGGUAAAACGCAUUACCCCUCGCCACUUGCAACUUGCUAUUCGUGGAGAUGAAGAGUUGGAUUCCUUAAUCAAGGCUACCAUUGCUGGGGGUGGAGUCAUUCCUCACAUUCACAAAUCCCUGAUUGGCAAAAAAGGACAACAGAAGACAGUUUGAUGGUGGAAACUUCCUUUUUGGUUCACUAGUCUCAGGACUCCAUCUCCAAAUAAUCAGCUGUAGAAUGUUGGAGGAUCUGACUGGAAAGACACUGGACUUCUGAAAUGUGAUUACAUAGACAUUUUUAUCUCAAUAGUAUUCAGGGGAGGGGUCUUUUUAAAAGUAAAGCUCAAUAAUCAAACUUCCAUGUGCACUAGUCUGGGAAAGCCAAAUCUGGGACCAUAUCCUCCAAGGUGGGACUGUAUCUGGGUGACCUGGAGUUGUUUCCUGGUUACUGCCUUUUCAUAGCAUCUGUUGCAGUAUUUUAAAUGCAGGAAGAGCUCACUGCUUGUAUGACUUUUAUUUUUGAAGUGGAUUUAAAUCCAGAUGGUUUGUUCUGACUGUUUGUUCUGUCUAUUGGUGUAUGAAGUUUUCAAUAAAAUGUAUUAAAUGGC